ACGAGGUGCAUUUAUGUUCUUCAAUGCACCAUCCGAAAUGAGACCGAGAACAGCAUAAAAAUGACCGAUACACGGAGCCCUGAUAAGCGGGACAAGCGGAUCGUGGCUUUAGCUGCAGGUGUAACUGAAGCUCAAGACCGCAAAAUCCCACAGGUUUUACUGGGCCUUGAAGAAAUCCUUGUCUCUGUAGAAGGGACAAAUGAGGCUGUGAAGAUCAAGGAAGAUGUAUGGAAGCUGGACCUGCUGCCUGUACUAUUACUGGUGCUGAAGAAAGAUUACAGUCUGACUCCUGGAGGAUGGAGGACAGCGUCUCGACUUGCCAGUACCCUGAGCCGUGUCUGCUGUGGUCUUCACCCACACACCUCAGAGGAGUACUACAACAGACAACUGCCUACAGCAAUAGACAACAUGUACAUCAUAGCUCGCAGAGUUCAGGCCAGGUUCAGCCAAAUUCCACACAACAUGGCUAUUGCUCAUGGGAAAAGCGAGCUGUUAUCAGAUUUCCGCUCUGUCCUAGACUCAAUGCUGCUUCUCUACACUGCCCACCAUCACUUGCGAAACCAUGUCAUCCAGUCACCCUGGUUACUUCAGCUGUUGAUCAGUGAUGAUAUAGAGACAGUGGUCAUUGUUAUGAAUUUCCUGACGGGCUUAGUGAGGACCAACAGUGAUGUUCUGAGAGACCUCCCAGAGAAAUUCCGGCAAAACAUCAUCGAUGAGCUGAUCUAUAAAUUAUCUGUGAACAGAGACCCAACAAUAGGAGGAGCUGCCAUGAAAUGUGUGCUGAGAUUGUGUAACUUCUACAAACCUCUGGUUGAGUUUUUGUGUGUCAGAUACAGGGGGCUGAGACCUCUGCUCACCAAAUGGACAGGAAAGGGAUUUGGGCUGGAGCUGAAGGAAUUACUCAUGCUUCUGGAAUCUGGCAGUUCAGAGCGGGCUGAAAUGGAACGAUUUCACAGAGCAGCCACGACCAUUCAGGCUUUGUGGAAAGGUGUUCUGACGAGGAGAAAGCUGAAGAAGGCAGACAGGUCAUUUGCCAAGUUUCAGAGAAGUUUCAGGCAGAAGCUGGAGACCACAGAGCGGAGGAAGGAAGAGGAGAAGAUGGAGAAAGAGCUGGAGGAGCAGCUGUUAGCUAACAGAAGAAAAAUCAUGAGGGAUUUCCAUGAGAAAAGACUGCACUUAAUAGAGAUCUUACCUCCACAGAUGUUACAAGGUUAUAUGGAGAAGGAGAAUACCCAGGCUGCAAUUAGGAUCCAGAAAACUUGGCGGGGUCAUCGAGAGAGGCUGAGGAGAGAGGACCGGCGAGACCUUGCCACACGUUCACGGGCUGCAGUCUUAAUACAGAGGACGGUACGCCGGUGGCUUGAGAGGCUGGACAAAAGACGGAGAGAUACGUCCAGAUUUCAGAAGCCACCAGGGCUGACCGAUGAGCGACGAGUGCAGUUACAGCAGGUUAUUUUGGAGAGACGAGAAAGUAACCCACCCAAACCACGAACCCGUGAAGAGCAGGAGAGUUUACACCGGACAGCCCAGGAAUUGAUGGCUCGUUACUACAUAGGCUGUAAACUAACACGAGGGAAGCAUCAGCAGAGAGAGGCCCUGUUGGCCAGGCUGGAGACCGAUUCAGAACUUCUCAUGUAUGCCCCUCCCCUGAAGGACCUGACAGACAAGGAUGUGGACAUGUUUUCCAGCAGAUCUGUUCCCGUGGCUGCGAGGGCGCAGCAGGCACACAAGGAGGAGCUACGACUGCUCCGUCAGCCCUGGUGGAGGAAGUUAGGAGAUGAGUACCAGGACCAGCUGUAUGAGGAAGAACAAGACCUGUUGUUCUGAUGUAUGAGGGGUGUAGGACAAAGACUUACAAAUGUUGUACCAAAAACCUCUGGAGCAGGACCUGUCGUUCUGAUGUAUGAGGGAUGUAGGACAAAGUCUUACGAAUGUUGCACCAAAAACCUCUCGAGCAGGACCUGUCGUUCUGAUGUAUGAGGGGUGUAGAACAAAGACUUACAAAUGUUGUACCAAAAACCUCUUGAGCAGGACCUGUCGUUCUGAUGUAUGAGGGGUGUAGAACAAAGACUUACAAAUGUUGUACCAAAAACCUCUGGAGCAGGACCCGCUGUUCUGAUGUAUGAGGGGCGUAAAACAGUAAGGUCACGAAUGUUGUACCCCAAAUCUGAAGAGCAGUACCGGUUGUUCUGGUGUCUGAGGGGUGUAAAACAAAGAGCUCACGAAUGUUGUGGUACCAGCAACCUGAGGAGCAGGAGCUGUUGUUCUCAUGUAAGACGGGCGUAAAACAGUCAGGUCACGAAUGUUGUACCCUAAACCUGAAGAGCAGUACCGGUUGUUCAGGUGUCUGAGGGGUGUAAAACAAAGAGCUCAUGAAUGUUGUGGUACCAGAAACCUGAGGAGUAUGACCUGUUGUUCUGAUGUAUGAGGGGUGUAAAACAAAGACAUACGGAUGCUGUGGUACCAAAAUCCUGAGGAGCAGGAGCUGUUGUUCUGACAUCUGAGGGGCAUAAAACAAAGACUUAUGAAUGUUGUGGUACCAGAGUCCUGAAGAACAGGACCUGCUGUUUUGACGUAUGAGGGGUGUAGAACAAAGACCUUGUGUUAUGGGAUUGGUUCCAGAAAGAUGAAGAGUAUGUGGGGCAUGAAACAGAUUCCUAAGUUAUAAAUGUAUAGGUGUAAGGGCUUUUUAAGGCUAGACAGACUGAUCUUGUAUAGAAGCAGGGGAGAGAACUUCUAAAUACAACUUAUUUGUUUGAAAAGAAAAGUUCAAUACAUGUCCAGUGGUAUGUCCACAGCUAACUGUGUAAAAAAAAAAAAAAUUUCCAUCUGAUUUUCACCAAGAUUAAUGUGACCAUAGUUAAAACCAAAACACCAGAGAAAGACCAUGCCGUCCAGUUUUACUUGUAACUUGUGGAUAAUUAUUUUAUUGUACACAUGCUAUAUAAAUGAAUAUAAAUAUAUGUACAUGUAUGUAUAUUUCAUGUUACAUUUUUUAUACCUGUAUAUAAAUGUAUACUAUUACCUGAAGAUGUAUAGGCUUUGAGUCAUACACAGUCUUGUAACUUUAAC